AAUGGAGUUUUACAACUUUAUUAUACAAAUCCAAAUUAUAAACUACAUAAUAUUUUGUAUAAAAACAUAAAAAUAAUUACAUGUAUAUACUUUUUAAUCUUAUUAUAUCUUUUUUUGAUACAAUAUUUAAAAUUAUUCAUAACUUUUUAGCUCUUACGUAGAAGUAUAAUAUGUUUCAAAACACUUGAAUUUAAGUUUAUUUUUAAUAGAAUUUUUAUAGGAAAAAAUUAUUUUUCUCCUAAUUGGAUGAACCAAGCUAAUCUAUGGAAUAUAUAUAUAUAUAUAUAUAUGAUUUCGGCUUUCUCUCUAAAAUAUAAUAUUACUCUUAUUUACAAACACAUUGCUAGUCCAGUUUUAUAUUUUUAUUUUUGCUUUGUUCUUGCUCUUGCCACCUUCAUUUCACAGCCUGUCAAGCUUUUUGAAAUUUAUUAACAAACAUUUCCAUGGCUUUAACAAAGAGAAGAUUUGUUUGGGGGGGGGGGUGAUGUUUUAGAUAACUCCGUCCAUUAAAAAAAAAAAAAGGGUUUCAUGAUCGUUGGCUGUUCUACUUUGGGUGUUGUUUGGAUUUUGCAUUUUGAUUACAAGAUACGAAGAUCAUCUAUGCGCUUUUGAGCUUUGAAGAAUAUGUUGGAUGAAUAUAAAGCCUCUUUGAAGAAACUUUUUUCUUUCAGGCAAUGGGAACCGAACUUGAGCACUGUGGUAUAAACCCAAUAAUAGAAAGCUCAGAAAGUAAUUCCACGGAAAUUAGGGUUAAUAACAUGGAAUCCAUCAAAGAGACAAUGCAAAUGCAUGAAGACAUGUUCAAACACCAGGUACGAGAACUUCAUCGGGUGUACAGCGUUCAAAAGGCACUAAUGGAGGAACUGAAAAAGGGAAUUAAAUCAAACAGGUUGUGGGCAACUCCAAUGGUUACCUCCUCUCAUAUCAACCAAUCCCAACUCAUUAACCACCACCAACAUUCAACAACACCGCUGCAAAUUACCUGUGGGUACAAUCCCAAUCUCGAAGCCGAUCCGACCUUAAGGGAAAGGACUAGCAGUUGCUCCGGCGAUCACAUUCACACCAUGAAAAUGGCAAAGGGAUUCGACCUGGAGAGACCGGCCGGGGAAAACUCGGAUGAAGAUAGUGAAGUUGAACUCACACUGAGUAUCGGCGGUGCAAGCAAGAAGAAGAAGUCAAAAGGUGGGGAAAUUACUAAUAGGGGUUCGUUUAAAUCAGAGAGUGGAGAUGAUUUCAUUGGUCCCAACACUCCUCCAUUAUUGAGUUUUCCAUGGCUUAAGCAUAAACAGGACUUACACUUACCUUUGAACAAUAUUUAAUUUUCCUUUUUCUUUUUCACUUUCUUUUAAUUAGUUUGUAUUGUAAGUUUUGUAUCAUUCAUAGAUGAAAUCCAAUUAAAUUUCUUCCUUUUAGGUACAAUCAAA